CUGACCCUUUGCUACUUGAAGUUCCUUUUCAGGCUCCACCAGGUCUUAGUUCGAAUUUCGCUGCUCUGCCGGGGCUGUGCCCCGGAAGUCCUGCCAGAGAGGUCUCGCUGAUGUUCUACCCGCAACCCCAGCUGUAGCCAUCUGCCUUCUCCCCCUUUUAGGUCCCGCUUCCCCCCUGCACCCAGAUGGCCCUUCCUUGACCUCUCUCCCAGCCCGAAAUGGCCCUGGCCUGGCGGGUUUCGGGGCGAGUCAUGUGCACGGUACUGGAGCCCCUAGGAGCCCCUGGUGCCCCGGGCCAUGGAGGGAGGGUGGGGUGCCGGAGAAGGGAUGAGUGAGUGACAGAAUUCCUGAAGGAGACGGGCAAAAGGGAGAUUGAGAGAGAGAGAGAGAGAGAGAGAGGCAGAGAUUCCCAGGGGAGGAGGAAUGGAGACCCAGAGUGGGAGACCUGCAAAGAGCAGGACGAUGGAGAGCCAAGGAGAAGCAGAGAAAGAUGAUGAGCUGGGACCCUGCUAGCUGCACCAAGUUCGAAUCCUGGCGGUGCUAAUCAUGGCAUUAUCCAACGGCCAGGACCCAACUAUGAGAACACCUUGUCCUUUCCAGCCCCCAGCCCCCAGCCCUCCCAUGGUCUGACCCAGGGUCUUGCUGAUGUGACAGCACACGGGGCCAGGAGAUGAAUGGAUUCCCUGAAGCAGCAAGCAGCAGGACCAGUGCCAUCUAUAACUGGGUCAUUCACUGGGCAGCCGUUAUGCCACUCUCUCGCCCUUCUGGUUUGUGAAGAUGAAGCCUGGCCAGGAGCUGACCCAGAGCUGGGCUCACAAGCCUAGCAGAAGUCUGGACAAGGCUGAGGCCAUGGCCCCACCACCACCACCACCACCACCGGCUGUCAACACCCCGCUCCUGCACGGCGAGUUUGGCUCCUAUCCAGCCCGCGGCUCCCGCUUCGCCCUCACUCUCACACCACAGGCCCUGUACAUUCAGCGGCUGCGCCCCAAGCCUGAGGCCCGGCCCCGGGGGGGCCUGGUCCCCCUGACGGAGGUCUCAGGCUGCUGCACCCUGCGGAGCCAGAGGGCCUCAGACCCAGCAGCCUACUUCUGCAUCUACACCUAUCCCCAGGGCAAGCGUGGGGGCCGCCGUAGAACCGCACGCACCUUCCAGGCCGAUGGGGCAGCCACCUAUGAGGAGAACCGCGCUGAAGUCCAGCACUGGGCCACUGUGCUCAUGUGUUUGCUCCGUGGGCUGCCGCUGCCUGGGGACAGGGAAAUCACCCCGGAGCUCCUGACCAAGCCACCCCGGCUGCUCCUAUUGGUCAAUCCAUUCGGGGGGCGGGGCCUAGCCUGGCAGUGGUGUAAGAACCACGUGCUGCCCAUGAUCACGGAAGCCGGGCUGUCCUUCAACCUCAUCCAGACAGAACGCCAGAACCACGCCCGGGAGCUGGUACAGGGGUUGAAGCUGAGUGAGUGGGAUGGCAUCGUGACCCUCUCUGGGGACGGGCUGCUAUUCGAGGUGCUGAACGGACUCCUCCAUCGCCCUGACUGGGAGAAGGCUAUUAGGAUGCCUGUGGGCAUCCUCCCGUGCGGCUCUGGCAAUGCACUGGCCGGAGCAGUGAACCAGCAUGGGGGGUUCGAGCAGGCGCUGGGCCUCGACCUGUUGCUCAACUGCUCGCUGCUCCUCUGCCGGGGCGGGGACCGCCCCCUGGACCUGCUCUCGGUGACGCUGGCCUCUGGUUCCCGCUGCAUCUCCUUCCUGUCUGUGGCCUGGGGGUUCGUGUCUGAUGUGGACAUCCAGAGCGAGCGUUUCCGGGCCCUGGGCAGCGCCCGCUUCACACUGGGCGCUAUGCUGGGCCUGGCCACGCUGCACACUUACCGGGGGCGCCUCUCCUACCUCCCUGCCUCCGGAGAGCCCGUCUCCCCCAGCCCUGCCCAGGGCCUACCCCGAGCCAAGUCAGAGCUGACCCUGGCCCCCGCCCCGGCCCCUUCGCUCACCCACUCCCCCCUGCACCGCUCAGUGUCCGACCUGCCUCUGCCCCUGCCCCAGCCCCAGCCCCAGCCCCCCCUGACCUCCCCCAGCUCCCCCGAGCCCCUGCCCAUCCUGGCCCUCAAUGGUGGGGGCCCAGAGCUGGCGGGGGACUGGGCUGGGGACGCCCCACUGUCCCCUGACCCACUGUUACCCUCGCCCCCAGCGUCCCCCAAAGCAGCCGUCCUCUCGCCCAUCACUGAGGGCGCCCCAGAAACGCCCGAGUCCUCGGGGCUCCCGCCACCCACCCCGGAUGCCCCAGUGGCCACGUGUACUGGGGGCCCGCCAGACCACCUGCUCCCACCCCUGGACGCCCCGCUGCCCCCGGGCUGGGUGACACUGGAGGAGGACUUUGUGCUCACGUUGGCAAUGUUGCCCAGCCACCUGGGGGCCGAUCUGGUAGCCGCCCCGAACGCGCGCUUUGACGACGGCCUGGUGCACCUGUUCUGGGUGCGCGGCGGCAUCUCGCGGGCCGCGCUGCUGCGCCUCUUCCUGGCCAUGGAGCGCGGCACCCACCUGAGCCUGGGCUACCCGCAGGUGGGCUACGCCACCACUCUUGCCUUCCGCCUCGAGCCCCUCACGCCCCGCGGCGUGCUCACGGUGGAUGGGGAGCAGGUGGAGUACGGGCCGCUGCAGGCGCAGGUGCACCCGGGGUUGGGCAGGCUGCUCACCGGGCCGCCCGGCCGCCCCGCGGGGGAGCCCUGAACCCGGCGCGCCGGGUCGGAAUCAGGCUUCCAAGGGGGCGGGGCCAGAACCAGCGCGGCAGGGGGAGUCUCCCCGAGCCUGGCCCCAUCUCAGAGUGCCACCCGCCCCCGGGGCUCCAGAUGUGACUUGUGCGAGGUGACUCGGAUUAGGGGUGGGGGAAGGGCCCUCGCCCGGUGCCUGAAUGCAGAGGGCGGGGCUCAACCCCGGCCCUGGAGGGGAACCCCGUGCCUAAAUGCAGAGGGCGGGGCCUGCCUUACUAGCCUUGCCGCGGCAGGGCGGGCUAGGGGUGGGUGGUGUGUGGCUGGGUGCCGGGGUGACCUCAGGGGAGGCCUCAGCUCAUCGGCCCGUGACGCCUGCCUCUCUCGCCCGGUCCACUCCGGUGCCUCCAUCUAACCGGCCAGUCAACCCGGGAGGGGCAGGUUCCCUGGGGCGGCGCCCCCAUCUGCACUACUGCUCCACCCCCAGGGGAAGUCCAGUCCCCUUCGCCCCCCUUUGUGUGGUCCAGCUUCUGUGCGUGUCCCCCGCCCCCUCCGCGAGACGCCCCCACCCCGCACCCCCAGUCUUCAAAGCAAUUGACAAGGUCUAUGCAAUAAAAGGCAGUGGCUUCA